AUGUCGGCGAAGUCCGCCAAGAUGACUUGGCAUUCAGAACGAAUGCCUUAUCGAGAAAAGUUCUCCAAGAAGGCCUUUCGGGCAUUCUCAUCACGGAACCGAAUAGAUGAAGGAGAAAAGGAGGCUGAAAAAGACGAAAAGCGCCGUGAAAAGGAAGAGUCUGAAAUGAGGAAACAGUUACGGAAGCAGCAAGAGGAAGCUGAGAGGGAUCAGCGGCGUCGAGAAAAGGAAGAAGCUGAAUUGAAAAAGCAACUUUCUAUACAAAAGCAGGCUUCAAUCAUGGAACGUUUUCUUAAAAAAAGCAAAACUAGCCCUAUGUGUAACAAUGGCCAAUCUUCAACUAAAAUAGCCACAUGUGAUUCAACAAGUAAAAAGAGUGAAAAAAUGCCUGAUGCAGUUACUGUGUCAAUGGACUGUGCUCUUUCAACAAAUGAUGAGAUUGGUGUAGACGAUGUUUGGAAGGUACACUUGUCUUCCUGGCAUUGCUUAGGUCACUCUAUACGUUCAAACAGAAAACAACAUUGGGGAAUACGUCAGAAGCCUAAGACUGAACUAUUUAAGGAACUUAAGCUCUCAGCUAAUAGAGUGGUGGCUCGUGAUGAUGACUUGAACAUAGAUAAGCUUGCAGAUGGAUGGGGAGAACAGAUUUCUGAUGAUAGAUUUUCCCAAGCUACAGAUAGUUCUCUCCCUGAUGUCAAGAAGUUUAACCAGAAGAAGCAGUUGUUGCAGUUUGCUAAGAGCCAUAGACCUGCAUUUUAUGGUAUUUGGCAUAAAAAAAGUCAUGUUGUUGGCCCGCGCCAUCCUUUUAAGAAGGACCCAGAUGUGGAGUAUGACAUUGAUAGUGACGAUGAAUGGGAGGAGGAGGAUCCUGGAGAAAGUCUUUCAGAUUGUGAUAAAGAUGAAGAGGAGGAAACUUUAGAGGAAGGAUGUUCAAGAGUUGAUGAUGAAGAGGAAAGUGAAGAUGGCUUUUUUGUACCUGAUGGUUAUCUCUCGGAAAAUGAGGGAGUACAAGUUGACAGAAUGGAAACUGAUGUCGUAGUUGAGGAGGCAAGAAGCUCUCCUAGUUGUAAGGAAGACUCAAAGAGUGGGGAGUUCUGCACAUUGCUUCGACAGCAAAAAUAUCUAAACAAUUUGACAGAGCAAGCUCUUCGGAGAAACCAGCCCUUGAUUGUAUUAAAUUUGAUGCAUGAGAAGUCUGCUCUCUUAAUGGCAGAAGAUCUUAUUGGUCCUCCUAAACUGGAGCAGAUGUGUUUGCAAGCUCUGAGUAUGUGUAUUUUCCCUGAUAGUGUAGAGAUAUCAAUUGAAAACAUGGAAGAUGAGGAUCAAGAAGCUUGCCUAUCAAGUGGCAAGAGCAGUACCACACUGGUCUCAACUGUGAAUAACAUUCCAGACACAGACUUGCCUACAGUUGUGUCUGCAAUUCAGUCAUCCCCACAGGGUAUCAAUAAGGUUAUAGAAUCUUUGCAGCAGAAGUUCCCUGCUGCCUCAAAGUCUGUGUUAAAAAAUAGAGUGCGGGAAAUAUCGGAUUUUGUUGAUAAUCGUUGGCAGGUCAAGAAAGAAAUUCUCAACAAACUUGGCAUGUCGAUUUCGCCAGAAAAGGGUGGUGGGAGGACGAAAAGUAUAGCUACAUUUUUCUCAAAAAGGUGUUUGCCGCCUGCUGGUAGAAAUAUUAACCCCAAUGAAACCUCACCUCAGCCAUCUUUGAAGCCAAGUUUCACUGACCAAUAAGAACAGUUGCACAUAUAAUCAUCUGUAGCAUCCUUGCUUUUGUUUAGUUUCCCUCACAAUUUUCUCCCUCUUGCCCAUGUUCAUGUAUUUUAUCAAUCUCCUGAUCCUUUUGUAUACUGAAUUGUGACCAUUUUUGUUUUAGACACAUGAAUUAGAAGGAAUUUGUUUUGCAAAACAUUCUUUUCAAGUGCUUUGUUUGCACAAGUACAAAGUGGACCAAGGGCCAGAAAAAGCUUACGUUAAUUAGACUGAA